AUGGAGUAUUCAACAUGGGUCCUAGCUAAUGGACCUCUUUUUUUCCCAAAUUUCAUACUGAAUGCAUUUUUUAUCUACUGCAUGGUGCGACCACUUUAUGGAGAAAGGAUCAAGCAACCUUUGAAGCUUCUGCUGAGCUCCUUGAUUGCCAGUACAGUUGCUUACCUGAUGCCAACCUUUGUGGUUUUUUUCUUGAAACAUCGAACUGAAAACUAUAAGAUUACUCAGCUUUUACGUUUGAUAUCCGUCUUCUGUUUGUCCACCAGUAUAUCCUCCUGUGUUUGGCUGAACUUCUUUUACUGCACUCAGAUUGUACCUGCACAGAGAGGACUCUUCAUCUGGAUUAAGAAGAAUAUCAAACGCUUCAUCUUCUGCAUUUGGUCUGUUGAAAUCUUCUGCAGUUUUUUUGACUUUGUUGUGGUACUUAUAAAUAAUUUUCCUGCUUAUGACUCUGGAUUCAAUGACACUUUUACAGUGAAUACAUACCAGUACAUACAGAUGCCUGCAAGAGAUUCUGUGGAACUGAAAAAAAUGUUUGUCAUUCUGACUGUAAUGCAGAGGCUUCACUUUUAUUUCUGUGCCGGUGUUAUGGUGAUAUCUAGUGGUGUCACUGUAGUCUACCUGGCCAGGCACAUGCGGCAUAUGGUUGAAAAUGGACAGUCCCUCGCUUGUUCAAAGUUAAGCAGUCAGGUGAGGGUCACUGCCAUGGGCAUCCUUCAAGGACUUCUGUAUCUGUUCUUUGCUUUGUGGCAUCUCCUCAGGCACAGCCUGUGA